CUCGCGCGGCCUCCUCCCUCGUCUCUUCCGCAAUGCCACCACCACCACCACCACCACCACCACAAUUUCUCUUCCCCUCUCAAGCUCGAUCCAUGGCGACCACCACCCUCCUCUACCACAGCCGCCCCCUCCCUUCCAGGAAGCCCCGCCGCAAAAAACCCUCACCAAAACCCCCUCCUCCUCCCCCCGCCACCUACAUGCGCGACACCAUCCACAAGGUUUCCUCCAUCCUUCGCUACUCCCCCUGGGACCUGGCCCUUCCGCAGCUCCGCUCCCUCCCCAUCAAAUGGGACUCCUUUACCGUGAACCGCGUACUCAAGACCCACCCUCCCAUGGCGAAAUCCUACCUCUUCUUCCGCUGGGCCGGGUACCUCCCCGGAUUCAAGCACGACCGCUUCACCUAUACCACCAUGCUCGACAUCUUCGGCGAGGCGGGGCGGAUCGAGUCCGCGCGGGCCGUGUGGGCGGAGAUGGAGGCGCAGGGGAUCGCCCCCGACGCCGCCGCGUUCACCUCGAUGAUGCACUGGCUCGCCAAAGCCGGGGACUUGGACGGGGCCGUGAGGGCGUGGGGGGAGAUGAGGCGGCGGAGAGGCGCUGAGUGUCGACCCACGGUUGUGUCGCAUACGGCGUUCAUGAAGGUGCUGUUCGACCAUGGCCGCCCCGAGGAGGCCGGGGAGGUUUACAGGGAAAUGAUUGAAAUGGGGCUGAGGCCGACAUGCCACACCUAUACCGUGCUCAUGGAGUACCUCGCGGGUGCUGGUAAAUUUGAAGCUGCUCUUCAAAUAAUGGAUGAAAUGCAGGAAGCAGGAAUCCAACCUGACAAAGCAGCAUGUAAUAUUCUUGUCCAGAAAUGCUCGAAAGCUGGUGAAACAUCAGCGAUGAAUCAAGUUCUCCAGUACAUGAAGGAACACUUUAUAGUUCUUCGCCGUCCAACAUUUUUGGAAGCAUUAGAAGCUUUAAAAAACAAUGGCGAGAGUGAUUGCCUCCUUCGAGAAGUAAACCCUCACCUCUCGCUCGAAGGCAUUGACAACGAUAUUGACAUUAAUAAUAGUAAUUCUUAUUCUAUUAUUGAUAGGGGUAUUGUUCUAUAUCUUUUGUCUACGAGGAACUGGAUUGCGCUAGAACAUAUAUUAGGCGAGACAGCAUGUCGUGAUAUAAAUAUUGAUCCCCAUAUUCUUUCGGAAGUUACCCAAGAUAGCUGUACAAAUAAUAGACCAUCUUGCGCACUAGCAGUAUUUCAGUAUUGUUUAAGAAUGAGGAAAGAGCUUGCAGCAUCUGCAUACGCGUGCCUUCUUGGUUUCUUUGUAAGGAAUUCUUCAUUUCAUACUGUCUUGGAGAUAGUUGAAGAAAUGUCAAAAGCAGGGCAUAAUCUUGGAGUGUAUCUAACUUCAGUGUUAAUAUACAAGCUUGGCUGUGCUGGGCUUUCUUCUUAUGCUGAAAGGGUCUUUAACUCUUUUCUCAUGGAACACAAUGUUGUUACCUAUACUGCACUAAUGGAUGCUUAUUUUCGAGCUGGUAAAGUUGAUAAAGGAGUUGAGCUAUACUCGAGAAUGAAAAGUCAAGGAAUUUCUCUCUCAUCCGGCUCAUAUGUUGUACUUAUAAAUGGCUUAGAGAAGGCUGGGAGAAUACAUGAUGCAGAAAUUUGUAGGAAAGAGAAGCGGAGGUUAGAGUGGAAAGAUCGUUCUCAAGAAGAGAUUGUACCCGAUGAGAUUUUGUGUAACUGUCUCUUUGGCGGAGAUAAUGGAUAGCAAAGUGUGAAGAAUUGUUUCGAGGUCAAACUUAUAGUCAUUCAACAAUUUGGUUUAUGGUCUUGCUGUAACUUACUAAGGUGCUGAAAAGAAUAAGGAACUGCUGCAGGAAAAGCUGGCGAUUUCGGAACCAAAGCUUUAAAAAAGAGAUGAACAAGAAGUGAUGCUCUUGGGGUAAAGAUUUCUAGCACUAUAUUCUGGAGAAUGCUUUACUCAGCACUAUCUCCUGUAUUAUGAGCUAAAUGUACUGAUAAUGCUUUCAAGGAAGUGAAUGGACUUUUCACAAAAGUUUUCGGAAUGUGACACUAGAAUGCAUGGUAUUUUUCUGUGUAUCAAAAUCGUUCACACAAGUUUUCAUUUAGUGAAAGGGUAAUGUAGUUGGAGAAGAAUUAAAUGAAAAUGUUUUAAUUGCAGAGACUUCUAAGCAAAGGUGUUACUUCACAAACAUACUAUGUCAACAAGCCUACACAUUUUUUACGUUUGCUAAUGCCACGCAUGAUGAAGAAACAGUUCAGAAGAGAUACUGGAUUGUCUUUACCUCUUCUAUGAAUAACUGAAUUUCUCCUCAGCAGGUCAGGGAAAGCUAUGCGGAUUGUGGAAUUCAAUUUAUUAUCAACUCAUUAUUUUGUAUCAAUUUAUUAUUGUUUGGAAAUAAUAUUACUUGUAGUUUCUUUCUCACCAUACUCAAGUGAAUAUAUUAGUUGUGAACUUUUUAGUUUUUGGAAUCACCUGUGGCUCUCAGCCCUGUUUGUCAGUUA